CCCGUCUCCUACUGACUUGGCUGGCCCCGAGAAGCAACAGCAGCCCCAGACGGUCCCGGAGAAACAAGGGAACAAGACGGAGAGGAACACCUUCAGCUCUGAGCAGGACAGCCACAGUGCCGUUUGCCCAGAGGACUGUAAUGUUAAUAUGGACAAGCCCGUCCUCAGGAAGUUCCAAGGCACCUUCCUCCGCAACCUGGUCGCCACCCAGUGGGAGAAGACGAGUAGGAGCCAACAGGACAAGCUCCAGGAUAAACUGUCCCAGGAUGACCCCGUAGUCACGUCCCCCAGGGCAGAGGAGGAGACCUCAUCUGCAGACAGCAGCCCCAGUACACCCACUGAAGCCCCGUUCCAGGCCAGCGGUGCAGGAACAGAGCCCCAGCCAGAGCUCCACGCAGGGGGGCAGGUCUCAGGAGAGACUGGCCCCAUCCAGAGAACCCUGGAGCAGCCUGACCCAGCAGACACCCAGGCGACCCAUAAUGAACCAGGUGUCAGUGUCCAGCGGAAAACACUCUCCAAUGAAAGGAAGUUCAUGCUGAACAUGCUCGACGCCAAGAACUCCUCGGCCGGUCCCCUGAAGAGCCCGUCAGGCACCGACCCCGACCUCGACCCCGAGGAGAGCCUCUCCGGAGAGCCAGAGGACUGCAGAGGGCUGGGCAGGGCUGGUAGCAGUGUGAAGGAACGUCUAUCUAGCCUCAAGGCCCAGCAGGCCCAGCCUCUACCCAGCGAGGACAGCAGUUCCAGGAGGGCAGAGCUGCAGGGUCUGGGUGGCAGUGCCCAGGCGGCGCGGGCCAGGCUGGCAGAGGAGCAGCAGCACCGGCAAGUCCGGCCGCAGUACAGCAUCGACGCAGAGACCCACUCCCGAAACCUGGAGAAAACCCAGAUGACCCCACUGGCCAGGGACAGACAGACAGACGCCUGGGACCAGCUCCAACCCAGCUCCAAAGCCCUGAAGAUUAAAGACCUGGACUUCUCUGACCUCAUGGAGGAGGAGGAUAUAGAUGUUCUGGACGUGGAUGUCUUCGACGUGGGUGUUGGUCGGCCUGGUGGUGGUGGCGGCGUCCCACCUCCUCCUCCACCUAUGCCUGGACUAGCCUCCGCUCCUCCUCCUCCUCCUCCUCCUCCUCCUCCUCCCGGGGCUCCGUGUAUGAGUCUCCCUCCUCCACCUCCUCCCCCACCGGGUGGAGGUCUCUGCGCCCCUCCUCCUCCACCUCCUCCUGGAGCUCCCCCUCCCCCUUUCUCCUCCUCCUCCUCCUCCUCUUCCUCCAAGGCUCCCGACCCGGCCUUUGCCAAGAAGAGAAAGACGGUCAAGUUGUUCUGGAAGGAACUCAAACAGUCAGACAGUCCCAGGAAGUGUAAAUUCGGACGCGGGACGGUGUGGGCGUCGCUGGAUAAGGUCGCCGUGGAUACGGCCAAGCUGGAACACCUGUUUGAGUCCAAGGCCAAGGAGCUACCCGUGGCUCUGAAGAAAGGAGCAGAAGUGAAGAAGGCAGAGAUACUGGUGUUAGAUUCCAAGAGGAGUAACACCAUCAACAUCGGCAUGACCGUACUACCGGCUGUCCACGUCAUCAAGACCGCCAUCCUCAACUUUGAUGAGUUUGCCAUCAACAAAGAGGGCAUCGAGAAAAUCCUGACGAUGACUCCUAGUGAGGAGGAGAAGCAGAAGAUCCAGGAGGCUCAGCUGGCCAACCCUGAUGUCCCUCUGGGCUCAGCGGAACAGUUCCUCCUCACCCUGUCCUCCAUCAGCGGCCUCAGCGCUCGACUGCAGCUCUGGGCCUUCAAACUCAACUAUGAAACCCUGGAGAAGGAGAUAGCUGAGCCUCUUUUCGACCUGAAACUAGGCAUGGAGCAGCUCGCCAAAAACAAAACCUUUAAGCGCAUCCUGGCAACGCUUUUGGCCAUUGGAAACUUCCUCAACAGCACCAGUGUGAGUGUGUUCUUCCUGUCUGCGUCCCAAAUGGAACCUGGUUCCCUGUAUAGUGCACUACUGUUGACCAGGGCCCAUAGGGCUAUCUAGGGCAAUAGGAACGUAAGGCCCUGUAUCGUACAACAAUGUAAACAUAUAAUCUCAAGUGGACUAGCAGCGUGCAUGAACCCGCCCACCUGAGGAGCUGUCUUUUUC